AGCACUCAAAAAAAAUCCAAUCACUCCUGAAAAUGCAACCGCCGCCGACGCAAAACGCGCCGUCGUUUAUCCCUUAAGACAACAUUCCACAAAUCUCAGCAGAAACAGAAACUCCACGCGACGAGGACGUCGUUUUGAGCCAUGAAGCCGGAAGACUCCGAGCCGACGACGCAAUGGCACUACACGGUCCUCGACGACCGGAGCUUCCAAAUCCGCGGCAAAACGCUCUUCUUCAUCGUCGUGAUCUUCUCCGCCCUCCUCGUCGUCACCCUCCUCCUCCUCUACGCCCGCUGGGCCUGCCGCUACCGCCACGUGGCCGCAUCUCCGUACGCCUCUCAGCCGCAGACGGCGCCGCCAAAUCCCCCGCCGCAGGGCCUCGACGCCGUCGCCAUCAAGGGACUUCCCGUGAUCUCUCACAAGUCGGCGCCGUCGUCGGAUAUGGCGGCGGAGUGUUCAAUCUGUCUCGGAGUUUUCGAGGACGGAGAGAAGGUCAAGGUCUUGCCCGGGUGCUCCCAUUGCUAUCACCCCGAGUGCGUGGAUCGGUGGCUCAGUGCGCAGCCGAGUUGCCCUCUGUGUCGCGCCUCACUCCGAGUUGAUUCGCCCGUCUUGAAAGUUGUCGUAGAAUGAAUGAGGAGAGGGGACCCACAUUGGAGAUCAGCUUAAUUAUUCUCAUCACAUUAUGAAUGAU